AAACCAUAUGAUCAGAAUUUUGUUUUGUCUCUCAAUUGAAUUGAUUGUUUAUCUUCUCAGUUUGUAAUUUAAAUUGUUGUUGUUGUUUACAUCAUGUCAUCUAUUUUAAGAUAUCGAAUUGUUAAUCUAAGUAAUCGUGGUCUAUUACAAGUAACCGGAUCGGAUACAUUUCCUUAUAUUCAAAGUGUAAUCACAAAUGAUUUAAGGUCCGGAGGUAAAAUUAUCUAUGGUACAUUUUUAAACGCUAUGGGUCGGAUUUUAUUGGAUUUAAUGGUUUACAAGAUUAAUGGUAAUCCAAGUGAGAGACAAUUGAUGUUAAAUGCUGUUGCUUAUGGACGUUAUGGUAUUGACGGUAAGCCCGAGGAUAGUUUGUUGAUUGAAUGUGAUUAUGAUUUGUUGGAAUCAGCGAGGAAAACAUUGUUUGCUUAUAAGAUUCGUCGACAAGUGACCUUAACCCAUGCAUCGGAUUACAAUUUGUUUGCCCUUUAUCCCGAUAUUGAUAAUAUUCAAAUGGUUCAUGGUCAUGAUUUACCUAAAUUGAGUGAACUAUUUUCACCUGAUCUAAUUAUUGGACGUGAUCCUCGGGUUGGUUGUUUCUCUUAUCGUAUCGUUUCCCGGCUUGGUGGUAAAUCAGUUGAUUCAUUGUUACCAAUUUUAUCUCAUCAUGUACCUUAUCAAAUUGUUGAAUCAAAUUUAACGGAUUAUAUUCAUUUUAGGUAUAAAAUGGGAAUUGCUGAAGGUAAAAAUGAUUAUCGUCCCUGUUUUGCUAAUCCAAGUGAAUCAAAUAUUGAUUAUAUGAAUGGUUUGGCCAUUUCAAAGGGUCAGUUUACUGGUAAACGAGUCAUUGCUAGAAAUGCAAUCAAAGCAUCUCGUCCUUAUAGAUUAACACCAAUUGAAUUAUUGUUACCAGAAAAUUUACAAGAUAGAAACAAGUUGAAUUUUGGCUUUGGAACAAGAUUAACCAGUAAAGAUAAACAAAAAGUUAUUGGUAAGUUAAUCUGUCAUAGAGGACGUUAUGGUUUAGCAGUUUUAAAACCAUUCGAAUGUCUUAGGAAUCAAUUUCAAUUACAUCAUUUGGAAUCGGGUGUUGAUGUCAAUACUUGGUUUCCUGUUUGGUGGCCUCAACCAUUACAACCAAAACAUUACUAUUUAACUCGAACUCAACCACAAUUGACCUUGGGUCAAUCAGAUGACCAACAACGGAAAAGUUUAACAAGUUAAUUUGAUGUUCAAUUAAUGUAAAUAGAAUGCAAUUAUAAAUUAACUAGUCGACAUGUAAAUUUGGUGCUAAACAAAAACCAAUAAACUUUUGUAGAUUGAGAGAAAACAACAGGAAAAACAA